UCCAAAUGUCACGACACUAGCUAAUUUAAGAAGCACCGAAUUCAAAAUAACUGUAUUUGACUUGUGUUUCCUUUCCACCAUUCAUCAUGAUGAAAAUGAUGUAUCUUCGCUCAAGAGUUUGUAUGCAUGAAUGAGCACUGGACGCACUAUGGAGGGCGCGGGCUGUGUGACCUGGUGGGGAUUCAGUCCUGCGCUUGACCUCCUGCGCAGAGGCUCAGAGAGGCAGGAGGGUGAGGUAAAUGUUUUACUGGUGGGCAGUGGCGACCCAAGACACAUACUCAAGACCAUUGCUGGCCUGAGGGACACAGAUACCCUUCAUAUAUGGGUGAUAGAGAAUAGCAUGGACGUGGUGGCUCGACAACUGCUGCUCCUCUUUCUGGCUCUGACACCCCAGGAGAGCAUGGGACUUCACGAAAAGACUGAGGUUUUCCUGGAGUUGUUUGGUAACAGUGAGGUCCGCAGUCAGACAGAGGAGACACUGAGACACGUGGCGACAGAACUGUCUCUCUCAGUCACUGAGACACUAGAAACACCCACAAAUCCCUGCCUGGACACCACUCAUCUCAGAUUCAAGGAGCGCGACGAUUUGGACAGGAUAUUCAAACAAUGGAUCCACCCUCCCCCAUCUGCACGUUCUGCCCAUGUAUCAAUAGCCAAGGCCUGGGACGGCCGGGUCCGGCAGCACCUGGGCACCCGCUAUGACUCCAGGGCGGGCUGCUUCGACUGGGACCUCACCAUGAAGCUACACCAGAAAGGGUGUGGCGUCAUCAACAAACAGCACUACAAACUGUGGAGGGAGCGGGGCGUGGCCUUUGAGAUGAGGGAGGGCAUCUAUCAAAUGGCCAACGAGAGCUUACUCUCUACGAGAGUAUUCAGUCAUAGGGGUGACAAAAUGGCACUGAGGGGAUACUGGGGAGACAUUGUGUCCAGUCCUUACCUCUCCUUUGGCAUCGAGACAGAUGACGAGAAACUGCUGCAGAAACAGAAUGGGCAACACGUCAAGACAGCCCAGGAUAUCUCGUAUGUGAACGUGCAGGCGCUGUUCAAGUCUUUGUCCUGUAGAGGGGGCACUCCCCCUACUCAGGCAUGCAGUGAGGAGGGGAAAGCACUUGUAGCACUGGAGCCAGUGUCACAACCAGAGGCUCAUCACAAAUCACAAAUCAACGAACUCAUGCACCUGAAUGGGGUGUCAGUGACUUUCCUGCCCCUGGACUCUCUCUCCAAACUGCCAGAGAAACAGAAAUACUCCCACUUUUUCAACAGCAUCUACUGUGCUGCCAGUAUGGUGCACCAUUUGAGCCCGACACUGAGACAGAUUGCUGCACCCAAAGCCGCCCUCGUGGUGGAGCUGGCCAAGUACCUCUUGGAUCUUACCAAGGAGCAGGAGGUGGGGUUUGCUGAGAAAGUCGAGGAUGUCGCCAAAGAGGCGGGGUUUGAGCCCUCACAGGAGGAGAAGAGGGAUGUUUAUGCCACGUUCGCGCUACAGGAGGAGUGAAUGUGUUCUAUUCCAGCAGACACUCUACGCUUUACUCCGACACUUUAACCCGUUUGAUUAGGUCGGUCUUCGGUACUGCAGGAGGGGCAGAGCUGUAUACGGAAAAUAUGUACAGAGGAGACAAUUCUGUUCAUAGCCGAUUGAAAGCAAAGGUAGCAUUUUGUGAGAGUUCCAUCACAUUUUAGGCCUGUUGAUCCAUCUGUUUUGAUCUUAAUUCUGUUAAUUGCCUAUUAAAUGAGAGCAUGUCUGCUUCACGAAUGAUUCUAAGGACCUGUAGGUGAGUUGUACCCAUUUGUAGCCUACCCAAUUCCCUCUAGUGUUAAAUAAGUAAAGGUAACUUGUUUUGUUAAAUAUAGACAUGUUUUAAUGAGUACAGUAAUACAUAGAAUCUGUUUCAGUUAAUGUCACACAGUAAAUCGUGUCACCUCAAUGGGUUCAAGAGAAAAAUGUUGAGGCAUUGUGUUUGUAAAGCGUUCCUGAAACAGAAUAUAUGGUCUUCUUU